AUGUCUAUUGUGAGUAUGACUGUGCUUAUCCAUUUAGUGGUGCAUAUAUAGCUAUAUAUAUUCGUAUUAAAAUGUCAUCUGUGCAUGUAUAUCAGAAAAAUUAUAUUUUUAUACUGUAUAUAUUGCUGUUAUUCUUUUGCUUGAUUCAUUCAUGAAGGCUACUAUCUGCCGCAAAAAGGACAGCGCAUGCAUGUAUAUUGCCCAUUGGCAUUGAGUCCCGAGGCUGGGGAUUUUUUACAUUCACCUGAGAAUUUUAAUUUGUACUUUACUACGUAUACCCACUCUCCUAAAGUUUUCAAUAAAAACGAUGAACUACGUUCAAAGAUAAAUCACAGACGGUUUUACUAUUCUAUCUGUUAAGCUACAUGCCAAAUUUUUCACAUUAUGUCAUUGGCUUACAAACUCGUGAUAUAGUUACUUUUGGAAAUUAUCAACCUUCACAAAACAAGACGAGUACCGACAAUUUCAAGUAAACCGGUUCAAAGCCUCUCAACAUUUGCAAACAACAAUUAACCAAUCUAAUCUGGCAUAUUAUUUAUAGAAAUAUUAGAAAUAUAAAAACAGUUUUAAUAACAACUGUCAACUGACCAUAGUGACCGAUUUGAUACGAAACAUCUUCAAAGCAUGCAAUUUGAUACUCUACCCUUCCCCCUUAGCCAAUAUAUUUUUGGAAAGUCAUGUGACCAGCCCCAACCAGGGUCUUUCCCAUAGGUAAGGGGGGGGGGGGCUUUCCCAUGGGUACUAGGUUGUUCCUGUAUCUUUUUUAAGUUCUUUUUCUCGGCUACUUUGCACGCUUUGGCCCAAAACUUGUCGAGACAACAACAAAUUUGGCAGCCGGUUAAUUUUACACGUAGAACUAUAGAACAUUUGCUUUGUUCCUUUGGUCUAUUCCUUUUUGCUUUCUGAUAAAUUUUGUAUUUUAAAAGCUCUUACAGUUUUGUUUAGAGGGGAAAUAACAGAGAAAAAGCAAGCCGGAGGCGAAGCCGAGGGCAACAACUGCGGUCGAGGGGCCACAAAAUACACUGUUUUCCCGAGGUCUCAGUAAAUAAGUGUUUGAAACUUCAUGUUGACGCGCAUGCGCAUGGGUAUUCUAUUGUUGACCUGUCAAUAAAUGUUUCAUUGUUGACCGGUUGCCUCCUCGCUAAAGCAUACAGUGAACGUGACGUUUUGUGGACCGGCACCAAUCUCUUUCCCCGAGUCUGCGAUCCUCGGGAAGGAACGUGAGGCUCUGGGAUAAUCCGUUGCCGGAAGCCAGGAAUCCUGGCUAAGAUUGAACUGCGCAUUCCAAGUCAACGGCCAAUCAGAUUCCUCCCUGAAACGGAUUAUCCUAGAGCCUCACGUUCCUUCCCGAGGAUCGCAGGCUCGGGGAACGGAGUGGACCGGCACGUGAUACCGUUUUGACAAUCUGCAAACAGGAAAAUUGAACUUUGAUACUAACUAUAUAACAAUGUAAAUUCAUAUAUAUUUUCAUAUUUUAUUUGUUCUUUCUUAUGUAGGAAGAGCAUGAAAAAAAGAAAAAGCAAGAUGGAAAAAGAGCAAGAGCUGAUAAAGAUUAUGUUCUGGAAUUAUUGUUUAAAGCUUUUGAACGACAUCAGUAUUAUUACUUGAAAGAUCUGAUUAAAAUAACGCAACAACCAGUGGUAAGAACUCAUAUGUUAUCUUUUGAUAAAAUGACAUCUAUAUUUUACUUUAGUUAAUACAUCAAGUGCGACAAGGUCUUUGGGAAUCACAGACAGAUAAAUCGUAUGUUUUUUGAAGGAAUUGAACUAAGAAUAAUAAGUCUGGUUAACAUCAGAUGAGCUGGCAUAAAAAUAUCAAUGUAAACAUCUGACUUUAUAUUUUUGGUAAAAUUCCUGUAAAGCCCCGUUUACACGAGCAAAUUUUAUUUGACAAAUUUCAUAUGUCAAAGAUAUUUUGCACGUGUAGAUGAUACAUUUGUGACAAAUUUAUUGUGAUAAAUGCAUUUUAACAAAAGCUAGCAUACUAGCUUUUGAUCAAAUGCAUUUGUCGUAUUAAAUUUGUCAAAUAAAAUUUGCUCGAGUAAGCGAGGCUUAAGGCUAUGUUUGCAUUAUAACUCGUACCCAGGCUCUUUCUACUACGCUCCUUGCUGGAGGAAAGACCCUGGUCCAGGCUGAUCAUGUGUCUCCCAGAUUUUUGGAGAUAACAAUCGGGACUUAUACGGGGGGGGGGCAGGGAAGGCAAAUGCGGCGUUUGCGUUGCUAAGAACUACCACGGAACGAAGUUUUUAUUAGCAUGUAUUUUCCAUAAAAUACGUCAUAACGGUUAUUAAGGAACGAAGUUGUUAAUAAGCCCACACUACAGCCUCGGUUUUAGGUUUAUAUCAACAAGAAAAGUGUUUUUUAAAACUUUUAGCAUCAUUUAGGUCUUACCCUAUAUUGCCCUCUAUGUAACAACAGAUAAGGCGUAAAAACCAAUAUAUAUAUAUAUACUAAAACUGUUUGUACCAGUCAGUACGAACACCUGGUUUGGAUGCAUGUUUGUUUAUAUAAGGAGUCAAACGACUGAGUCAAUUUUGCAGCAUUAAUGAUUCAAGCACGUUAGGUGAAAGAACAGCCCGACAAAAUGUAAAACACACACCAAAUUAUUGUGGGAGAAUGGGUACAGGGUGAAGUGAACCAAUUAUAUACAUUAUACUGUUAACCUCUGGUCAACCCACAUACUCCUUAAGCCUUAUGUUUUCAUCCCGCAGGGGUAUAUAUAAGACCUGCUAUAGGAGAGACUGAAUGCCCUAGGGGUAAUCAGUCUCUCAGGGAUAAUCCCCGAUAGGGCCCUGCCAGACUGGUAGCGACCCCUUCUGACAUAGACCUGAACCAAGGGGUGAUACUCCCCUUUGACAGUACUGUACCUACGAUUCGACUGAUUAUAUUUACAUAAAUAAUCUGAGUCUAUGGGCCUGAAGUUGACAACAACCUUUCUGAGUUCAAAGCAUUUAGGAAGUCAUUUUGUGCUUUUACCGGAACUCCAACUCCUCCAACACAAGCACAAAUAGUUCAGAAAUUAGGUCUCAUGACACCAGAAAUUUUUCAAGCAUCCUGUAAUCGGGAAAACGUACAUUUUGCGGUAAUGAAGAAAGGGGAAAACAUCCCAAAGAAGACCUAGUAGAAUAUAUCAAGGUAAAACACGCCAAACAAUGUGACAGUGUUUGUUGUUUCUCCACUAAAGAUACUUUUGAGCUUGCUUACAUCUUCAAGUCGAAAGGUUUACCUGCAACGUAUUACCACGGUCAACUUGAUCAUUUUGAGAAGAAAGAAAAUGCAAAAGCUUGGCUAAAGGGCAAGGCACUUAUCAUGUGCGCGACAAGUGCUUUCGGCGUGGGGAUUGACAAGUCUGAUGUACGGUUUGUAAUCCAUAUCACUACUAUCAGGAAACUGGUAGAGCAGGGCGUGAUGGCAACCCGUCCACGUGCAUUAUAAUGUUUAGGUUUGUGGAUAGAAACCAACUUCUCCGCACAAUAUCACCUCAAACAGCCGAUGAUCAAAAAGAUUACUUGAGAAGCUCAGUCAAUGCAGUCAUUUCCUACUGCAUGUCUUCAAUCUGUAGACGACAAUAUGUCUUGGAACAUUUUGGCGAAGUGUCUGAAGUUGACUGUAAGAAUACUUGUGACAAUUGCACAAAUCCUAUUCCUGCUCUCAGAGAUUAUACAAACGAGGCAAAAUUAAUAUGCAAAUGCGUUCAAGAAAUGCAGACAAUGACGCCCGUUAUUAGUAUAAAACAAGUGGCAUAA